AUGGGAAAAAACAAAAAGAAUCAUAUUUCUACUGCUAUCAACAUUACUACUCUACCAAACCUUACUAUCAAAGAUGGAAAACCAGCUGUGGUUAUUCCGCAAGAUUAUUAUGAAGAGGGCUGUCAAAUAUGGUGCCUCAGUCUCAUUGGGAGGCUGGAUCUCAAGGGUAUCAAACUCAAUGAUGUUAAGAUUAACUUGGAACAACAAUGUAAGCUUGGAGAGACUAAGGUGCAGUUCAUCCCCAUGAACCGGGGAUUCUUCAUCAUCAAGUUGUUAACACAGGAAGACAAAGAAAAAGUUUAUCGUGAGGGUAACAAGGAUCCAUGGACUGUGAACGAGCAACCUUUACCAAAAAAAAAGAUCGAAUGGUAUCCAGGGUUCGAUGCUGAUAAACAAUGUACCUCUCACUCUACCGUCUGGGUCAAGUUUCCAGGUCUUCCGGUUGAAAUGUGGGUGGAGAAGACGCUGUUAGCUUUGGGCAAAUCUCUUGGAACUCCUAUUGUGGUUGAAGCUGGUGGGCUCAAUUUUUUGCAACCAUUUGAAAUCUUGAAAAGGCCGAAAUACUGUUCCAAGUGCAAAAUAGUUGGUCACCUAGACUCAGAGUGCAGAAAGAAGCAUGUUACUGCAGUUAAUACGCCACCCGCUACCGCCAGUACGUCGCAGCAAUCUAAUGCUCUAGUUAUCCACCAGGGUGACACUAAUACAACAUGGCAAGUAGUAGGUCAAAAGAAGAAUGACACUGUUGAGUUGGAACAACAGUUACAAGAUGAACUCGUGAAUUCCGAAGCUGUGCGCAGGGCAACAACUGAGUUUGAGAGAGCCAAACAAGCUAAGCUUGCGCAUUCAGUUUUAGUUAACAGGGCAAAGUCGUUGACUAUUGUUGCCUUGAAUACUAAGCCAGUUGGGAAUGUUGAAUUGGCAAGAACUAGACUUCCUAAUCCUGGUAGGAUUCCUGUUUUAUCUUUGUCUACACCGGUGUGUGAUGCUCUUGAAGAAAGUUCGGAAUAUAUCUCUCAUAACAAACUCAAUAUUCUGGGAUCAGUUGGUGAGACUUUGAAUAACCCUCUUUUGGAGAUUAAUAAGGUUGAUGAAGUAGCUAAACGUGCUAAGCAGCAGCAGUUGAUAGCUCUUCAAGCAAAAAUUGAUGAUUUGAGAGAUAAUGAUUCCAUAUCGGACUCGAAAGAAUCUGAAUUGGGAGUUCGUGCUCGAAAGGGUUCUUCACCAAGAUGA